AUGGGUCUAUCAUACAACGUCUACCUGACUUCCAACAAGAUCUUUGGGUGUAAGGGAUGCAAGACUCAUCUGGCAGACUUCAAUGAUAUCAUGAGUCGGAACUUCCGAGGCCAGCAUGGAAAAGCAUACCUCUUUAAUAAAGUCGUCAACGUCACGCAAGGCGAAGCUGUAGAGCGCAACAUGACGACAGGUCGACAUAUCGUGCGCGACAUCGCCUGCAGACAGUGCAAGGAAACCGUAGGAUGGAAGUACGACAAGGCAUACGAGAGCAGUGAGAAAUACAAGGAGGGCAAAUUCAUCCUCGAGGAAGAGCUAUUCUGUGUCGUUUGUUAG